CCCGUGUCUAUUUGACGUUGAGGAGGGAGGCCCGAUUCUAUUUGUCAGCUUUGCGGCGGGUCUCCAUUUUCUUCGGACCGAUAUACUCUGGAGUAGAAAAGCAAAGACUUGGAAAAAUGAAUGAAGAAUACGACGUUAUCGUUUUGGGCACCGGGCUGACGGAAUGCAUUCUGUCUGGCAUCAUGUCGGUGAAGGGGAAGAAGGUGCUCCACAUGGACCGCAACUCGUACUAUGGGGGCGAGAGUGCGUCCAUCACCCCUCUGGAAGACCUCUACAAGCGCUUCAACAUCCCCGGCACCCCUCCUGAGUCCAUGGGAAAAGGUCGUGAUUGGAACGUGGAUCUCAUCCCCAAGUUCCUCAUGGCCAAUGGUCAGCUGGUGCGCAUGCUUCUCAUCACAGAGGUGACCCGCUACCUGGACUUCAAGGUGGUGGAGGGCAGCUACGUGUACAAGAAGGGCAGCAUCUACAAGGUCCCCUCCACCGAGACGGAGGCUCUGGCAUCCAGUCUGAUGGGGCUGUUUGAGAAGAGGCGCUUCAAAAAGUUCCUUGGCUUUGUGAGCAACUUUGACCAGAACGACCCCAAAACCCUGGACGGUGUGGACCCCAACAAGACCACCAUGAGGGACGUGUACAAGAAGUUCGACCUGGGCCAGGAUGUCAUCGACUUCACGGGCCACUCGCUCGCCCUCUACCGCACAGACGAAUACCUGGAUGAACCCUGCCUGGAUUCAGUCAACAGGAUAAAGCUGUACAGCGAAUCUCUGGCCAGAUACGGCAAGAGUCCCUACCUGUACCCCCUCUACGGGCUGGGGGAGCUGCCCCAGGGCUUUGCCAGGCUAAGCGCCAUCUACGGAGGGAUCUACAUGUUGAACAAGCCCAUUGAGGAGGUAAUCGUGGAGGACGGCAAGGUGGUCGGGGUCAAGUCCGAAGGAGAGAUUGCACGCUGCAAGCAGCUGAUCUGUGACCCCAGCUACAUGAUGGACCGCGCCAACAAGGUGGGCCAGGUGAUCCGGGCCAUCUGUGUCAUGAGCCACCCCAUCAAGAACACCAACGACGUCAACUCCUGCCAGAUCAUCAUCCCCCAGAACCAGGUCAACAGGAAGCACGACAUCUACGUGUGCAUGGUCUCCUGUGCGCACAAUGUCGCUGCCAAGGGUAAGUACGUGGCCAUCAUCAGCACCACCGUGGAGACCAACGAGCCCGAGAAGGAGCUGAAGCCGGCCCUGGACCUGCUGGAGCCCAUCGAGCAGAAGUUUGUUAGCACCAGCGACCUGUAUGCCCCCACCGACAUGGGCACUGAUAGCCAGAUCUUCAUCUCCCGCUCGUACGACGCCACCACUCACUUUGAGACCACCUGCGAUGACAUCAAGGACAUCUUCAAGAGGAUGACCGGCACGGACUUUGACUUUGGGGACAUAAACCGCAAGCAGAACGACAUCUUCGGCGACGCUGAAUAAAGGCGCCCGGGGUCAUUUCGGGGGUCCCGACGUCGCCGACCCUUCUCCACCCUCCCCCUCUCCCACCGGUCCCCGAGGCUGACGCCGACCCCCAGAUCUAAUCGUACAACUAGGAGAAGAGAAAAAAAAAAAAACGUACACAAAAAUGUACCCAAACACGCGAGCGCAGGCAGUUGAUUUUCCGUUUGUUUUGUUGCCCAUUCAGGAAGCUGUAGGAGUGUCGGUGGGUAGGGGGGGGGGGGGGGGGGGCUGAGAGCUGGGGUUUUGUUCUGAUUUUAUUUUCUUCUAAUCUCAUUCUCAAAAGGUUGCACUGAGUUCCGAUUAUACACUAGGCCCACACAACCAUCAUCAAUCAUGUUCCACACUCUCCUCUCCUCGGACCAGGAGCACAUAUUCCAAAGAUGCCAAAAGAAAUGAUGUAUCAAAUCAGUAGAUAAAAUUGUUCAUUGGAUUGGGAUUAGGAGGGGGAGGGGUGUGGCUGUCCUUUAUCUGAAGAUUUAAAUAGUGUCAUGCCGAAGUACGUGGAAGUUAUCUGACAUCAACAGCCAUGUGUAUUUGUCCCGUGAGUUUUUGUUAUUUUGUUUUUGGUUGAGGUAAAAAAACGAGUGGCUUGGCUUCUUCUGUGGUGUGCUACUGAAUGUUGUCUUGCAGUGCUCAGUGGCUUUUAAGAACGUCCCCCUUUAAAAAACGUUUUAUUUGCGGGCACGACUGACGAGAUAAUAUGCGAGAUGUGUCGAUUGGUAAUUCGAGAGUAUAUGCAGUGAAAAGGUGUGGGAGGAGCCAUCACUAUCCAACGGCUGUCAAUUACACCUCGGUGAGGCGUCUCAUCGACACUAUUGUCGCCCGAUCCGGGCAAAGCGCCGUACUGUACUGAGAGCCAAGCCACUAUUACAAAUAUAGUCCAGCAUAAAGGCGAACGGCCUGCUCCUGUUUGCAGAAGCUUAAGUAAAUAUAACGUAUCCAAGGAGACAUAUUAUAGUUCCUGUAUUAUGCAAAAAAAAUUAAAAACAUGAAGCAUUUAAAGAGCGGUUGUGAGUGAAGGGGGCGGGUUGUGAUUCGCUUUAGAAGGACCAAAUGUCGACUGCAUCAGUAUUGAAUUGAUAAGAGCCCUGUAUUGUCAUCAGUUUUUAACAUUGUAAAACAUGGUGGGUUCAAAUGAUUUCUGUACUGCAAAGUAAAAAAGAAUGAAAAACCAA